AAUGUAGCGCCGCGGCGCGGGCGGGCAGCGUUCCGAGGGGCUGGAGCGCGGCGGAGCCAUGCAGUACCCGCACCCCGGGCCGGCGGCUGCGGCGGGCGCAGUGGGGGUGCCACUGUAUGCGCCCACGCCGCUGCUGCAGCCCGCACACCCGACGCCCUUCUACAUCGAGGAUAUCCUGGGCCGUGGGCCCACCGCGCCCACGCCCACCCCCACGCUGCCGUCCCCCAACUCCUCCUUCACCAGCCUCGUGUCCUCCUACCGGACUCCAGUGUACGAGCCCACGCCGAUCCAUCCCGCCUUCUCGCACCCCUCGGCCGCCGCGCUGGCGGCCGCCUACGGCCCGGGUGGCUUCGGAGGCCCUCUGUACCCCUUCCCACGGACGGUGAACGACUACACGCACGCCUUGCUGCGCCACGACCCCUUGGGCAAACCCUUGCUCUGGAGCCCUUUCUUACAGAGGCCACUACAUAAAAGGAAAGGUGGCCAGGUGAGAUUCUCUAAUGACCAGACCAUCGAGCUGGAGAAGAAGUUUGAGACCCAGAAAUACCUCUCCCCUCCUGAGCGGAAGCGUCUGGCCAAAAUGCUGCAGCUCAGCGAGAGACAGGUGAAAACCUGGUUUCAGAAUCGGCGGGCUAAGUGGAGGAGACUAAAGCAGGAGAACCCUCAAAGCAAUAAAAAAGAUGAACUGGAAAGUUUGGACAAUCCCUGUGAGCAAGGACAAGACUUGCCCAGUGAACAGGAUAAAGGUGCUUCAUUGGAUAGUUCUCAAUGUUCCCCCUCCCCUACCUCUCAUGAAGACCUGGACUCUGAGGUUUCAGAGGAUUCUGACCAGGAAGUGGACAUUGAGGGUGAUAAAGUCUACUUUAAUGCCGGAUAAUGGUCACAGAUGAUCGACAUGGUCUGAAAACUGGAUUUGGGAAUUAACAUUCUUCACAGAAGAACUGGAAAAUGGAAAUCCAUGAUAUUCUGGUGUUUUCUGGACACCCAAAACAUUUGGUGCACUGGCUAACAAACCUCCAUUGAAACCUUAAUUUUCACUUAACAAAUGAUGUACAUAUUGUUUUUAUGUUUUGAUAAAGUGACUAAUUUCAUCCCCCUUUAAAAAUUGUUUCUAUUUAUAAGAAGUAAUUUUGAACUUGUUAAAAAUUUUAAGUUAUAACUUAAAGGCUUUACUAGUAA